AUGCGACACUCGACGGAUCAGAUCCGAUCGAAUCGGAUUCCGUUUGGUGAACAAACGGCACCACUACGCAACGCGCAACGCGCAACACUUCCCUCUGGGCUUCGCGCCUUAUUUCCGUUUCAGGAUAUCUAUCUGGGCCUUCAGGGCCCGUAUCUUUCUCUUGCUGUCACUUCUGCAACUGAGUCAGCAUAA